CGGCCCGCCGGCAGGUGGCGACUCUCUUCUUCGGCUGAGGGGAGGAGGAUGCCAGCUGGGCCGGAGAGAGAGAGAGAGAGAGAGAGAGAGAGAGAGAGAGAGAGAGCGUUAAAAGGGCAGAUGGUGACCGCGGGAAAGUGAGGAGCCAAGCGAGGAGCUCACCAUCAGCACACAGGAGGAGAGAGGAGAGAAGAGAGAGGAGUCCUGCUUACACAUCCGCUUCUUCUCGGCGCCACAGGAGGAGAAGAAGAAGAAGAAGAAGAAGCGGGAAGAGGAGCAGAAGAAGAAGAAGCGGGAAGAGGAGAAGAAGAAAAAGAAGAAGAAGAAGAAGGUGGGAGUUUGACAGAAGGUUAUUUUGGUGACGUUGACGAAGAAAGAGAAAAGGUUUUGGUGAGCUGAAGGAGAAAAAGAGGGAAAGAAGAAGAGAAAUCCCAAGUUAAAAAAGACGAUAGUGUCAACUCCACAAAGUGUGGCGACUGGCGAGCAACCAAUGGCGUGCUACUACAUCGUCAUAAGCUCCACCCACCUGCGUGACGGACAGCUCAGGAACAUCAAAGGAGUUUUCCGAGGACCAAUAGGAGAAGGCCGCCCUAAAAAUACUGAAGAAGGCGACCACAGUCUGUACUGUGACUUGUGUGACAAACAAUAUGUGCGACACCAACAGUACGACAACCACAUCAACUCCUACGACCAUCACCACAAGCAGCGCCUGAAGGAGUUGAAGCAAAGAGAGUUCCAGCGAGCGCUGACCUGCCGGCGACAGAGGAGGCGCAGGGAAGAGAGGAAGGAGGAGCGCUUGCUGAGGAGACUCCAUCAGCACAAUGUGGAGAGAGAGGAAAGCCAACGCGCUCUGGGUUCCGGGCCCAAGUUCCGCUCCACCACCGUGGCAGUGGACCCGGCCAGUCUGAGCAAUGGACGCCUAAUGGAGAAGUGGGCCGGCAUCCACGGGAGCAGCAGCACUCUGGGGACCAAACCUCCAUCCUCCUUCCUCGUGCCUCCGAAUGGCGCAGAAAGCCGACUCUUGAGCGACACACGGUGGCCGUACGAGCGGCUGAAUGCUCAACUCAACCACUACCAGCUGAACUCUUCUGACGUGGGCGGAAGAAACCCCCAUGGCAGAAAAGACGAGAAGGUUCCUCAAGCUUCCAGUCCCUCCACCGACACCGUUACACCCAAGCGUGGCGCCGGUGGGAGUGGCACAAGCUCCGCCCCCGCCAGAGGGCGCCCUGUUUGCUUCUCGCUGCCCAAGAGGAGUUGUGUUCUUCUGCACCGCUCGGCCCCCGUCUUUGUCCAAGCUGCCAAGACCGUGCGAGAAAAGGUGGUGGGAGAAUGUGAUCAGGCCCUGACCAAGAAGAUCAAAGCCAAGUUCUCUUCAUGGAACCAGCCUGUGACUGGAGUCCAGGUCCAGGUGGCAGGUGGAAGUGGUUCUGGGAACAAAGGCAUUGCUGAAGACUGUGGUGGGUCUAGAAGGACCAGGACAGAGCCAGUACUACCAGUAACAUCAGUACUACCAGUAACACCAGUACCACCAGUACCACCAGUAUCACCAGAACUGCCAGUACUACCAGUACCACCAGUACCACCAGUAACACCAGUACUACCAGUACCACCAGUAACACCAGUACUACCAGUACCACCAGUAACACCAGUACCACCAGUACCACCAGUAUCACCAGAACUGCCAGUACUACCAGUACCUCCAGUAGUGCCAGUACCACCAAUACUACCAGUACCACCAGUACCACCAGUAACACCAGUAUCACCAGAACUGCCAGUACUACCAGUACCUCCAGUAGUGCCAGUACCACCAAUACUACCAGUACUACCAGUACCACCAGUAACACCAGAACUGCCAGUACUACCAGUACCACCAGUACCACCAGUAUCACCAGAACUGCCAGUACUACCAGUACCUCCAGUAUCACCAGAACUGCCAGUACUACCAGUACCUCCAGUAGUGCCAGUACCACCAAUACUACCAGUAUCACCAGUACCACCAGUAUCAGCAGUACUUUCAGUACCAUCAGAAUCCCCAAUAGCCCCUUCUGACUAUGUUGUUCUGAGUAGCAGACUUCAAGGUUCUGACCCUUUGGGCCUUGAUCAAGAGAAACCUUAUUCCACGCCACUUCCUGCUUUGAAGGAGGUCAAAGUUCAAACCGACAUGCUGACGCCAAACAAUCAAGAGAAAUCUCCUCGUUCUCCUCAAAGUCGACCCCUAGAAUCCUUCUGUCCUGUCCUGAGCCGGGACGGCAGCCGCGUCCUCCUGUGGCCCUCAGAGAUGCUGGGCUACACCAAGACCUGGCCCUCGCUCUCCCACGCCGUCAACCCGCUGCUGCACGACUUCCGGGCCCGCAGCAGGACCGGAGGGGGCGGGGCCGAGGACAGGAAGGAGCCAGCGGGGACGAGACGGAGGCGGGGAGACGGCGAGCGGACCUUUGAUGAAAGACAAGACGAGGAUGAAGGACGACAGGCGGCAAAUCCUUUGGAAGUUGGAGGCCGACGCAAAGGCGGAGACAAUGAGAGCGCUUUAAAAUUCUCCUGUGCUGAUCUUCACUUGACCCAAGUGGGCAAGACGAGGAGGAGGGGGAGGAGGGGGAGGAGGAAGAGGGGAAGGAGGAGAAGAGGAGACGAGGCCAAGAGAAGAAAGUGGAGGCGGGAGAGGAUGAUAAGUGGUGUGUGGGAGAAUGUGAUUGCCAAGCGGGGAGGAGACGCAACACAGGGGAGGCCAUUAAGUCGCCUUCCUGGAAACAGGAUGAGCGGCCAGGAGGAGAGACAGAGUGAGGAGGAGGAGGAAAGACCGAAGAGUGGCCAGGGGAAAGAGGAGAGACAGAGGAACGAGAAGGAGGAGAGACAGAGGAGAGAGGAGGAGAGACAUAGGAGAGAGGAGGAGGAGAGACAGAGAAGAGAGGAGGAGAGACAGAGGAGAGAGGAGGAGAGACAUAGGAGAGAGGAGGAGAGACAGAGGAGUGAGAAGGAGGAGGAGAGACAGAGGAGAGAGGAGGAGAGACAGAGAAGAGAGGAGGAGAGACAGAGGAGUGAGAAGGAGGAGAGACAGAGAAGUGAGGAGGAGGAGAAGGAGGAGGAGGAGAGACAGAGAAGUGAGGAGGAGGAGGAGGAGGCAGCGCGGCGAUCAAGCCAUCUUUGGGUGAAUGUGUGUUCAGGCGGGAGGCAUCUGAGCGAUGUGGAGGUCAAGAUGGCCACCGACCGCCAUCAAUCCCAGCAAUCAGCCUGCGGGGGUGCGGCAGGCGAGGCCGCCAUUAUCCCCAGCCCCGCCCCCGCCAGACAGACGCCACGCUGUCCCGCAAUGACGGCCGACCUCGCUGGCAAACACGCGGCGGCCGGGCUUGAACAUGAAGAGGAAGAUGAGGAGCGUGGGAUAGUGAGGGAGAUAAGUGCUGAGGAAGAAAGCAUGAUGGCGAUCAGCGGCGUCUUCUCCCCCCGCCGAGCCAGCCAGCGUCCAAUCCAUGCGGCCGCUUGUCUGCGCGGGAAAGCAGCACGCCAUCCAGCGAUUAGCCUCGUCUCCUUUUCCUUCAGAGACGCAGCGUGCGCUCCAAGACAGACCGAGGCAGCGGGGCAUCAACUCACCUGCGGUUCCACGGCGGCGCCAAACGCUCCCGCCUGCGGCGCGCCACCAAAGACGAUAAGUGAGCCGAGUGUGAGAUCAGCUGACACAAACACGACCCUCGCUGGGGGGAACGGGACAGCUGCAGGCGGCGGCAAAAGGAAGUGGAUGGAGUGCGGCCAAAAGGCGGCGUGGAAGAAAGCCAAAGGAGGACAGAGACAAGCGACAAUGGACUCAAACUUUGACCCCGACCCACAUGAGGCGGGUCGAGGCAGCAGGAAGGAGGCGGAGCCAAACUUCUUUCCACCCGACUGGACAGACCCGAGUCCGGUUGGCUCAAGUGCCCCGCCUCCUGAUGAGGUCACAGGUGUGCAACACCACCACCAUGCCUCCACGCAGGAUGAUGACAUCACACCCCCCGGCGGGCGUGCUGGCAGUGCGGCGGACAGGCAGGCGAGGAGAAGGCCUCGGCUCCUCUGCGGCUUCCCCAUUGGCUGCGUCCCCCUUCAAGCUCCGCCUCUUCUCAUCCCGCCCUCCUCCUCCUCCUCCUUCCAUCACACCAUCAUCCAACACCACCUGCCCCUCCCUCUCCACUCCUACCCUCACCUGUUGGCCCUCAGCUUGAACCCCGCCCCCGCAUCUUUCUUCGCCCCGCCCCCUAUCCGUCUCCUGGAUGUGACGGCCUCGUAUCCCCUGGCAACCCAGUUCCAUCUGCACCCGCCUGUGUUGGCGCCCCCCCACCCCGCUGCCCUGCCCCUGCAGGUCUUGUUCUGAACCAGCUUGGACUCUCACACCCUCUCCUGUUGGUUCCUAUUCAUGUGGACCAGGGUCUGGUGGACCAGGGUCUGCACCGAGCAGAAAGUCCACCCGGUCUAGGAUGUUGUCUAAGACUGGUUGUCUAAGUCUGGUUGACCAAGGUCUGCACCGAGCAGAAAGUCCACCCGGUCUAGGAUGUUGUCUAAGACUGGAUCCGACUUCUGAUGCAUUAAAGUCACUCAGUUGAUAAUCAAUCAACGUAUGGAUCCAUGAUGUCGCCCACAGUCACUACUUUACAAAUAACUAAUCAUUAGUUCAGUGAUCAUUAAUUCAUAAUUCAUUGAUAAUCAUUAGUUAAUAUGUGAUUAUUCAUUAGUUUGUAGGUAGUAAUCAUUAAUAGUUAAUUAAUCAUUAAUUCAUAAGUUAGUUAUUAGUUCAUUAAAAUUAGUUAAUAGGUAAUCAUUCAUUAGUUAGUACGUAAUUAAUCAUUACUUCAUCAUUAAUAAGUUACUUAUCAGUUCAUUAAUCAUUAGUUCAUAGGUAAUUAACCAUGAUUUAAUCGUUCAUUGAUUAAUUCAUAAUUCAUUAAUAAGUUAGUUAUCAGUUAAUCAUUAGUUCGGUGAUCAUAAAUUCCUAAUUCAGUAAUAAGUUAGUUAUCAGUAAUAUAAUCAUUAGUUCAUAGGUAAUUAAUCUUUAGUUAUUUGUUCAUUGAUCAUUAAUUCAUUGAUAAGUUAUAAAUUAAUUCAUCAUUAGUUAAAAGGUAAUUAUUCAUUCAUUUGUAGGUAGUAAUCAUUAGUAGUUCAUUAAUCAAUUAUUCAUAAUUCAUUAAUAAGUUGGUUAUUACUUCAUUAAUAUUAGUUAAUAGGUAAUUAUUCAUGAGUUAAUACGUAAUUAAUCAUUCGUUCAUUGAUCAUUAAUUCAUUGAUGAAUUAGUUAUAAGUUCAUUAAUACUUAGUUAAUAGCUAAUUAUUCAUUAGUUCAUAGGUAAUUAAUCAUUACUUCUGAGUUCAUUGAUCAUUAAUUCAUAAUUCUUUGAUAAAUUAGUUAUAAGUUCAUUAAUAAUUAGUUAAUAGGUAAUUAUUCAUUGUUUCAUAGGUAGUAAUCCUUAGUAGUUCAAUAAUUAUUCAUUCAUAAUUCAUUAAUAAGUUAGUCAUUAGUUAAUUAACAGUAGUUACUAGGUAAUUAUUAAUUAGUUAAUACAUAAUUAAUCAUUGGUUCCUUGAUCAUUAAUUCAUAAUUCACUAAUAAGUUAGUUAUCAGUUCAUUAAUCAUUAGUUCAUAGGUAAUUAAUCAUGAGUUCAUAGUUCAUUGAUCAAUAAUUCAUUAAUAAGUUAAUUAUCAGUUCAUUAAUCAUUAGUUCAUUGGUAAUUAAUCGUUGGUUCUUAGUUCAUUGAUUAUUAAUUCACAAUUCAUUGAUAAGUUAGUUUUAAGUUCAGUCAUCAUGAGUUAAUAAGUAAUUAUUCAUUAGUCCAUAGGUAGUCAUCAAUAGUAGUUCAUUAAUAAUUAAUUCAUCAUUUAUUAAUAAGUUAGUUAUUAGUUCAUUAAAAUUAGUUAAAAUGUAAUUAUUCAUUAGUUCAUAGGUAAUUAAUCAGUAGUUCAUUGAUCAUUAAUUCAUAAUUUAUUAAUACGUUAGUUAUUAGUUCAUUAAAAUUAGUUAAUAGGGUAAUUAUUCAUUAUUUCACAGGUAAUUAAUCAUUAGUUCAUUAAUCAUUAUUUCAUAAUUCAUUAAUAAGUUAGUUAUCAGUUCAUUAAUCAUUAGUUAAUAGGUAAUUAUUCAUUGUUUCAUAGGUAGUAAUCCUUAGUAGUUCAAUAAUUAUUCAUUCAUAAUUCAUUAAUAAGUUAGUCAUUAGUUAAUUAACAGUAGUUACUAGGUAAUUAUUAAUUAGUUAAUACAUAAUUAAUCAUUGGUUCCUUGAUCAUUAAUUCAUAAUUCACUAAUAAGUUAGUUAUCAGUUCAUUAAUCAUUAGUUCAUAGGUAAUUAAUCAUGAGUUCAUAGUUCAUUGAUCAAUAAUUCAUUAAUAAGUUACUUAUCAGUUCAUUAAUCAUUAGUUCAAUGGUAAUUAAUCGUUGGUUCUUAGUUCAUUGAUUAUUAAUUCACAAUUCAUUGAUAAGUUAGUUUUAAGUUCAGUCAUCAUGAGUUAAUAAGUAAUUAUUCAUUAGUCCAUAGGUAGUCAUCAAUAGUAGUUCAUUAAUAAUUAAUUCAUCAUUUAUUAAUAAGUUAGUUAUUAGUUCAUUAAAAUUGGUUAAAAUGUAAUUAUUCAUUAGUUCAUAGGUAAUUAAUCAGUAGUUCAUUGAUCAUUAAUUCAUAAUUUAUUAAUACGUUAGUUAUUAGUUCAUUGAAAUUAGUUAAUAGGGUAAUUAUUCAUUAUUUCACAGGUAAUUAAUCAUUAGUUCAUUAAUCAUUAUUUCCUAAUUCAUUAAUAAGUUAGUUAUCAGUUCAUUAAUCAUUAGUUCAUAGUUCAUCCAUCCAUUUUCUACCGCUUACAGGGUCACAGGGGGGCGCUGGUGCCUAUCUCAGCUACAAUCGGGCGGAAGGCGGAGUACACCCUGGACAACUUGCCACCUCAUCGCAGGGCUAGUUCAUUGAUCAUUAACUCAUAAUUAAUAAGUUAGUUAUCAGUUAAUUAAUCAUUAGUUCAUAAUUAAUUAAUCAUUAGUUCUUUAUUCAUUAAUCAUGAGUUAAAAGGUAAUUAUUCAUUAGUUCAUAGGUAGUAAUCAUUAGUAGUUCAUUAAUUAUCAAUUCAUCAUUAUAAAGUUAGUUAUUAGUUAAUUAACAUUAGUUAAUAGGUAAUUAUUCAUUAGUUAAUACACAAUCAUUAGUUUAUAGUCCAUUGAUCAUUAAUUCAUAAUUCAUUAAUAAGUUAGUUAUCAGUUCAUUAAUCAGUAGUUCAUAGGUAAUUAAUCAUCCAUCCAUCCAUUUUCUACCGCUUAUUCCCUUUCGGGGUCGCGUGGGGCGCUGGCGCCUAUCUCAGCUACAAUCGGGCGGAAGGCGGUGUACACCCUGGACAAGUCGCCACUUCAUCACAGGGCCAACACAGAUAGACAGACAACAUUCACACACUAGGGACCAUUUAGUGUUGCCAAUCAACUUAUCCCCAGGUGCAUGUCUUUGGAGGUGGGAGGGGCCUAUCCCCAGGUGCAUGUCUUUGGAGGUGGGAGGGGCCUAUCCCCAGGUGCAUGUCUUUGGAGGUGGGAGGGGCCUAUCCCCAGGUGCAUGUCUUUGGAGGUGGGAGGGGCCUAUCCCCAGGUGCAUGUCUUUGGAGGUGGGAGGAAGCCGGAGUACCCGGAGGGAACCCACGCAGUCACGGGGAGAACAUGCAAACUCCACACAGAACCCAUUAUAAUUAGUUAAUAGGUAAUUAUUAAUUAGUUAAUAAGUAAUUAAUCAUUAAUGAGUUAGUUAUCAGUUCAUCAUUAGUUCGGUGAUCAUUAAUUCCUAAUUCAUUAAUAAGUUAGUUAUCAGUAAUAUAAUCAGUUCAUAGGUAAUUAAUCUUUAGUUAUUUGUUCAUUGAUCAUUAAUUCAUUGAUAAGUUAUAAUUUCAUUCAUCAUUAGUUAAAAUGUAAUUAUUCAUAAGUUUGUAGGCAGUAAUAAUUAAUAAUUCAUUAAUCAAUAAUUCAUAAUUAAUUAAUAAGUUAGUUGUUACUUCAUUAACAUUAGUUAAUAGGUAAUUAUUCAUGAGUUAAUGUGUAAUUAAUCAUUUAUUCAUUGAUCAUUAAUUCAUCAUUCAUUAAUAAGUUAGUUUUCAGUUCAUUAAUCAUUAGAUCAUAAGUAGUUAAUCAUGAGUUCAGAGUUCAUUGAUGAUGAAUUCAUAAUUCAUUAACAAGUUACUUAUCAGUUCAUCAUUAGUCCAUAGAUCAUUAAUUCCUAAUUCAUUAAUAAGUUAGUUAUCAGUUAAUUCAUCAUUAGUUCAUGGAUCAUUAAUUCCUAAUUCAUUAAUAAGUUAGUUAUCAGUUAAUUCAUCAUUAGUUCAUAGUUUAAUCAAUCAAUCGUUAUUUAUAUAGCCCUAAAUCACAAAUGUCUCAAAGGGCUGCACAAACCACACCAACAUCCUCGGUAGUUAAUCUCACAUAAGGGCAAGGAAAAACUCACCCAAGUGGGACAUCGGUGACAAUGAUGACUAUGAAAAAACCUUGAAGAGGACUAAAUGUAUAUAAUAAUACACAAAUACAUCAAAUAAAUGUAUAUACUAAUACAAAAAUACACCAACUAAAGGUAUAUAAUAUUACACAUAUACACCAACUAAAUGUAUUUGAUAAAACAAAGUUUCACCAACUAUUGUAUGUAAUAAUACAGAAAUACAUCAAAUAAAUGUAUAUAAUAAUACAAAAAUACACCAACUAAAGGUAUAUAAUAAUACACAAAUACACCAACUAAAUGGAUAUAUUCUAAUACACCAAUACGCUAAGUAAUUGUAGAUGAUAAUACAAAAAUACACUAACUAAAUGUAUAUAAGAAUACAAAAAUACACCAACUAAAUGGAUAUAAUAAUACAAAAAUACAGCAAAUAAAUGUAUAUAAUAAUACACCGAAUAAAUGUAUAUAAUACAAAAUACACCAACUAAAUGUAUAUAAUAAUACAAAUAUACACCAACUAAAUGGAUAAAACAACACAAAAUUACACUGACUAAAUGUAUAUAAUACUACACAAAUACACCAACUAAAUGGAUAACAUAAUACAAAAUACACCAUCUAAAUGGAUAUAUUACACAAAUACACCAACUAAAUUGAUAUGACAAUACAAAAAUACACCAACUAAAUGUAUACAACAAUACACAAAUACACCACUUAAAUGUAUAUUAUAAUACACAAAUACACCAACUAAAUGUAUAUGACAAAAAACUAAGUUUCACCAACUAUUUGUAUAUAUGAUACAUAAAUACACUAAAUAAAUGUAUAUAAUAAUACUCAAAUACACCAACUAAAUGGAUAACAUAAUACAAAAUACACCAUCUAAAUGGAUAUAAUACUACACAAAUACACCAAAUAAAUGUACAUGAUAAUACAAAAAUACACCAACUAAAUGUAUAUAAUAAUACAAAAAUACACCAACUAAAUGUAUAUAACAAUACACAAAUACACCACUUAAAUGUAUAUUAUAAUACACAAAUACACCAACUAAAUGUAUAUGAUAAAAAACUAAGUUUCACCAACUAUUUGUAUAUAUGAUACAUAAAUACACUAAAUAAAUGUAUAUAAUAAUACUCAAAUACACCAACUAAAUGGAUAACAUAAUACAAAAUACACCCUCUAAAUGGAUAUAAUACUACACAAAUACACCAAAUAAAUAUACAUGAUAAUACAAAAAUACACCAACUAAAUUUAUAUAAUAAUACAAAAAUACACCAGCUAAAUGUAUAUAACAAUACACAAAUACACCACCUAAAUGUAUAUUAUAAUACACAAAUACACCAACUAAAUGUAUAUGAUAAAAGAAAGUUCCACCAACUGUUUGUAUAUAUGAUACAUAAAUACACUAAAUAAAUUAUAUAAUAAUACUCAAAUACACCAACUAAAUGUAUAUAAUAAUACACAAAUACACCAACUAAAUGUAUAUAAUAAUACAAAAAAUACACCAACUAAAUGUAUGUAAUAAUACACAAAUACAUCAAAUGAAUGUAUAUAAUAAUACAAAAAUACACCAACUAAAGGUAUAUAAUAAUACACCAACUAAAUGGAUAUAAUAAUACACCAAUACGCUAGGUAAUUGUAGAUGACAAUACAAAAAUACACCAACUAAAUGUAUAUAAUAUUACAAAAAUACACCAACUAAAUGUAUAUAAUAAUCUAAAAAAUACACCAACUAAAUGUAUGUAAUAAUACACAAAUAUAUCAAAUAAAUGUAUAUAAUAAUACAAAAAUACACCAACUAAAGUUAUAUAAGAAUACACCAACUAAGUGGAUAUAAUAAUAAUCCAAUACGCUAGGUAAUUGUAGAUGAUAAUACAAAAAUACACCAGCUAAAUGUAUAUAAUAUUACAAAAAUACACCAACUAAAUGGAUAUAAUAAUACAAAAAUACACCAAAUAAAUGUAUAUAAUAAUACACAAAUACACCAAAUAAAUGUAUAUAAUACAAAAUACACCAACUAAAUGUAUAAAAUAAUACACAAAUACACCAACUAAAUGUAUAAAACAACAAAAAAUUACACGAACUAAAUUUAUAUAAUACUACACAAAUACACCAACUAAAUGGACAUAUUCUAAUACACCAAUACGCUAAGUAAUUGUAGAUGAUAAUACAAAAAUACACUAACUCAAUGUAUAUAAGAAUACAAAAAUACACCAACUAAAUGGAUAUAAUGAUACAAAAAUACAGCAAAUAAAUGUAUAUAAUAAUACACCGAAUAAAUGUAUAUAAUACAAAAUACACCAACUAAAUGUAUAUAAUAAUACAAAUAUACACCAACUAAAUGGAUAAAACAACACAAAAUAAUAAUUACAUAAUAUGAUGAUGUACAAUGUGUUUCAUAAUGACAGGUAAUAAUCACAUAAUACGAUGAUGUACAAUGCGUUACAUAAUGGCAGGUAAUAAUCACAUUAUAUGAUGAUGUACAAUGUGUUACAUAAUGACAGGUAAUAAUCACAUUAUAUGAUGAUGUACAAUGUGUUACAUACUGACAGGUAAUAAUCAUACUAUGAUGAUGUACAAUGUGUUACAUAAUGGCAGGUAAUAAUCACAUUAUAUGAUGAUGUACAAUGUGUUACAUGAUGACAGGUAAUAAUCACAUUAUAUGAUGAUGUACAAUGUGUUACAAAAUGACAGGUAAUAAUCACAUUGUUUGAUGAUGUACAAAGUGUUACAUAAUGACAGGUAAUAGUCACAUUAUAUGAUGAUGUACAAUGUGUUACAUAAUGACAGGUAAUAGUCACAUUAUAUGAUGAUGUACAAUGUGUUACAUAAUGACAGGCAAUAAUCACAUUAUAUGAUGAUGUACAAUGUGUUACAUAAUGACAGGUAAUAAUCACAUUAUAUGAUGAUGUACAAUGUGUUACAUAAUGACAUGUGAUAAUCACAUAAUAUUAUGUACAAUGUGUUACAUAAUGAGAAGUAAUAAUUACACAAUAUGAUGAUGUACAAUGUGUUACAUAAUGACAGGUAAUAGUCACAUUAUAUGAUGAUGUACAAUGUGUUACAUAAUGACAGGUAAUAAUCACAUUAUAUGAUGAUGUACAACGUGUUACAUAAUGACAGGUGAUAAUCGCAUUUUAUGAUGAUGUACAAUGUGUUACAUAAUGACAGGUAAUAAUCACAUUAUAUGAUGAUGUACAAUGAGUUACAUAAUGACAGGUAAUAAUCACAUUAUAUGAUGAUGUACAAUGAGUUACAUAAUGACAGGUAAUAAUCACAUUAUAUGAUGAUGUACAAUGAGUUACAUAAUGACAGGUAAUAAUCACAUUAUAUGAUGAUGUACAAUGAGUUACAUAAUGACAGGUAAUAAUCACAUUAUAUGAUGAUGUACAAUGAGUUACAUAAUGACAGGUAAUAGUCACAUAGUCCGAGGUCACAUCCUUGCUGCAUCCUGUCAGUUCAACCAAGACCAGACAAAGUCUGACAUACAAUUUGUGUUUGAAACCUUGUAAUAAAAUGUUGGAUUGAA